AUGCUCUACAAAAUUUUCCCCUCCACCCAUUUGCGUGUCUUCGGAUGCCUUUGUUAUGCCACCCAAACAGCCCACACACAAAAGUUUGAUGCUAGGGCUCGUAGAUGCAUUUUUGUGGGUUAUCCUUCUGGCCAAAAGGCAUAUCGCCUAUUUGAUCUCAAAACACAUCAAUUUUUCUCCAGUCGGGAUGUAGUUUUUCAUGAACAUAUAUUCCCAUUCUCAGAUAUUUCCCAUGACACAAAACUAGAGCUACCUCCAGCUCCAGUUUUACCGUCCAUCCCAAUCACUCAAGACACCCAUUCACUUGAGCCCAACCAAUCAAACCCCUCAUUUGAGCAACCCAUUGUUGAUCCACAUACCCAACCUUUGUCUUCACCCGUACCAUCCAAUUCUUCUCCAAUUACCAUUCUUCAUGACUCUUCCUCAUUACCUACACCUAACAGCCCUUCUACACCGACACCUCCACCACAAGAACUUCGCCGUGGCAUGCUCUCCAAGAUACCCAACGUGCGCCUUCGAGACUACGAUUGCUCACAGGGGACGACCCCCAAACCCAAUUCAACAUCUUCUUCGAGGUCAGGUACUCAUUACCCUCUUUCUAAAUAUCUUUCUUCUUCUCACUUGUCACCAUCACAUCGCACUUUUAUCCACAAUAUCACUACAUGUGUUGAACCCACCUCCUUUGCUCAAGCUAAUCUUGAUCCCAAGUGGCGUGAAGCCAUGAAAGUUGAAUUGCAGGCCCUUGCACACAAUCAAACCUGGACGCUUACACCUUUGCCUCCUGGUAAGCGGGCCAUUGGCAGCAAGUGGGUAUACAAAAUCAAACACAAGUCUGAUGGUACAAUCGAGCGCUACAAAGCACGGUUGGUGGCUAAAGGCUAUACACAAACUGAAGGUUUGGAUUACUAUGAGACAUUUGCCCCCGUUGCCAAGUUAGUUACUGUGCGUUGCUUACUGGCUGUUGCUGCUCAUCGUGACUGGCCUCUCCACCAAUUAGAUGUGCAGAAUGCUUUCCUCCAUGGUGAUUUGGAGGAAGAAGUCUAUAUGGUGCCACCACCAGGCAUGCGUCGACAGGGGGAGAACUUGGUUUGUCGCCUUCGGAAAUCUCUAUAUGGUUUGAAGCAGGCCUCUCGCCAAUGGUUCUCCAAAUUUACACAUGCGAUACAACAAGCUGGUUUUCGUCAAUCAAAGGCUGACUACUCAUUAUUCACACGUAUAAAUGGUCCCUCUAUCACUGUGGUACUCAUUUAUGUUGAUGACAUGAUCAUCACAGGCAAUGAUCCUGCUGCCAUACAACACUUGAAGGAUUUUCUUCACCAUACAUUCCGCAUCAAAGACCUUGGCCUGCUUAAAUACUUCCUUGGCAUAGAAGUGGCACGUUCAAAGAGUGGUGUUUCCAUUUCACAAAGGAAAUACGUUCUGGAUAUCCUUGAUGAUGUUGGUUAUUUUGGAGCAAAACCUGUGGAGUUUCCCAUGGAACAAGACCUGAAAUUACAGCCAAUGGUUGGAGACUUACUGAAAGAUCCGACCCAAUAUAGGAGAAUUGUGGGAAGACUUAUUUAUCUCACCAUAACAAGGCCCGAUAUCUCAUUUUCAGUUCAAGUUCUAAGUCAAUAUAUGAAUCAGCCACGUAAACCUCAUUUCGAUGCGGCUAUGCGUGUGUUGAAAUACUUAAAAGGCACAGCAGGUCAAGGAUUGUUUUUCCCAUCACAAAAUUCAUUGCAGCUGCGUGGUUAUUGUGAUGCUUCAUGGGCAUCAUGUCCUACGACAAGAAGAUCAGUUAUACGAUACUGUGUUUUCUUAGGAAAUUCAUUGAUUUCUUGGAAGUCAAAGAAGCAAUCCACCAUCUCACGCUCAUCAGCGGAGGCGGAGUACAGAUCCAUGGCUGCAAUAACGUGUGAACUCACAUGGAUUCGAUAUGUGUUACAAGAUCUUCAAGUGUAUCAUUCGGGACCAGCUCACGUGUAUUGUGACAAUCAAGCUGCAAUACACAUUGCGGCCAAUCCCGUUUUCCAUGAACGAACCAAGCACAUAGAACUCGAUUGUCACUUGGUUCGAGAAAAAUUACAAGCUGGACAAAUCACGACUCACUACACACCCUCAAAGCAUCAGAUCGCAGACUUACUCACUAAGGCUUUGGGUAAAGGGCUAUUUCACGCACACCUUCGCAAGUUGGGCAUGCACAAUAUCCACGCUCCAACUUGA